CUUCCUUAUUUCCCUAACACUCAGUAGUUUCAUAUAUUUUCCUCUCAUUCUUAGUAUGAAGACAUUACCCUUUUUUUAAUAUUUUAUUUAUAAAUAUUUCUUUUUGUACUUUGAUUAUUUUCUUAAAUUUCGUCGGAAAAUCUGCAUUCAAUUUCCAUUUCCAUUUCUGAAGCAUUUAAUUCUCUUAAUUGUUCAUUGCCUUCAUCUGUUUAAUUUAUAAGCCCUUUGUUGUUCUGCCAUGGGUGUUGCAGUUCUAAAACCAGAAGAUUGUCUGAAGCUACCUUAUCCCAUGAAACACCCAAAAAACGCUUGCCCUAACCCUAACCCUAACCCUAACCGGAUGAACCGUACACAACCAAACCGUAAGAAGCGUACUCCGAACACCUCCCCUACUUUUCGUCCCACUGUCGGCUCCAAAUCGCCGGCCAAAAAUCUCGUCAUGGGUGAAGUAAAGAUCCUCAAACGAGGCGAAGAGCUGAACAAAACGGCAUCGGAAAAGCCUAUAAGGGUCGAAAAGGAAAACGUUGACGUAGAUCUGGGUUCCACUAACCGUUUGGGUCCAGAUCCCGGGUCCGUUCCGAUGCAGAUCCGACUGACUGAAUCAAACAAAAACAGAAACAAGGUCGUACCAGCCGCGUUUUAUGCUGGGUCUGCCUUUAUAACAUCGCCACCUCCGAGUUCUGUUCCGAUGCCGGCCUUUUUCACAAAGAAAACUGGCGCUGCUGUGAAGAACGUUGAUGCUACGACUGAUUUGAGAAGGAUAUUGAGGCUUGAUUUGUAGCGAUAGCAAAGAAUCAAAUGGUGGCUGCUGUUAAAAGUUGUUGGAGUUAGCUGAUCUCUCGUUUGGGUUCUCAGAUUUUCGAUCAUCUCUUAUUUUUUCAAGGGGAAAGAUCGAAAGUAGGUUUAAUUUUCCUAAUCAAGUUCCUCUGCUGUAUAGCUUAGCGUUGUGUUAGAUUUAGUUAGAUUGUUUGCUUUAAUAUGGUGUGUACUGUCAACCUUUCUCUUUCUUUUGGGUAACUUGUGUUGGAUUGCUGGGUCUCUAUUUGAUGUUAAUGUUUUGGGUUGUGAAUCUUGUAAUUGAUUUAUAUAUCCCUCUUGCUUAUCGGGUAUGAUGUAGUUGCUAUUUGAUUUCUGAGUAAAUUUUAGUGAUUUCUUAAGUGUGAAAUCCUGGUGUUGUGUUUUUGGUAGAUGAAUGAUUUUGAAGCUUGUUUUCUGACCCUGCCAA